UUGGCUCUGUAUGUUACAGGCCUGCAGGAUGUGGAGCGAGGUGCGAUGCGUGUUACGGGGAGCGACACGCGUGGGGCAGGCGGCCAUGGAAACGGGGUGCGAGCGGCUGAGGACGGCGAUGGCCUCGACCACGUUGGGAGCGGAAAUGAAGUCCGUGCAGGCGGCAGCCGAACGAUGCGCGGGGACCCUAUUCACCCGCAUGCAGGCUGGGGGUCCGGACCCCCGGGUGCGCUCUCACUCUCCGGAGACCGUCGCGUGGAACGGGGCAUCAGAUUUCCCUCCUGAAGAAGACGAGAUCCGCUCUACGCAGGGGCCCCCCAGGGCCGGCGGAAAUAGUCAGUGGUCGGCAAGAAAAGCCCCGGAUGUCAGCGGCGCGGGAAUGGGUCGGGUCACCACGUUCAGGAAUUACAGCAGCAUCAGGGGGCUGACGGCCGACGAGCUCAAGAGAAUGAGAGACGCAAAACCACAGAGCGGAGCCGAGGGCCCGGGAAAGGCUAAACGGCAAAAGCUCAGCGACCGCGCGCGGGAGAGAACGGUGCCGGCUACUCGGAUGAGCCGCUUGGCAAAUUUUGGAGGUCUUGCGGUGAGUCUCGGGAUCGGGGCUUUAACGGAGGCGGCGAGACAGUCUCUGAACGGGGAGGAAAAACAGAAAGGCAGAAAUUCUUACCUCGACACCAACACGUUCCUGUCGGAAGCGAACGCAGAGAGAAUCGUGGACACCCUGUGCAAAGUGCGAGGAGCGGCUCUGAAGAUCGGCCAGAUGCUGAGCAUCCAAGAUAAUAGCUUUAUGAGUCCUCAGCUGCAGAAGAUCUUUGAGAGAGUCCGGCAGAGCGCGGACUUCAUGCCGACGUGGCAAAUGACCAACGUGCUGGAGGGGGAGCUGGGCCGCGGCUGGCGAGACAGACUGGCUUCCUUCGAGGAGAGGCCCUUCGCCGCGGCGUCCAUCGGUCAGGUGCAUCUGGCCAGGCUGCUGGACGGGCGAGAGGUGGCCAUGAAGAUCCAGUAUCCUGGGAUCGCUCAGAGUAUAAACAGCGACGUGGACAACCUGCUGGCCGUCCUGAAGAUGAGCGUGGCCAUUCCCGAGGGGUUGUUUGCGGAUAACAGCGUGCAGGUCCUGCAGAGGGAGCUGUCCUGGGAGUGCGAUUAUAAGCGGGAAGCCCGGUGUGCCAAGAGAUUCAGGCAGCUUCUGGAGGGGGAUCCCUUCUUCAGCGUCCCGCAGGUCAUCGAUGAGUUCACAACCGAGAGGGUGCUGACCAUGGAGCUGGUUUCGGGGGUCCCGUUGGACCAAUGCGUUUCCCUCGCCCAGGAGACGCGGAACGAGAUCUCCCAUAACAUUCUGCGGCUCUGUCUGCAGGAGAUCUUCCAGUUCCGCUUCAUGCAGACCGAUCCCAACUGGUCCAACUUCUUCUACGACGAGGAGAACAACAAAGUGGUGCUGUUGGAUUUCGGUGCCAGCCGGGAAUUCGGAGAAGAGUUUACUGAUGAUUACAUUGAGGUGGUGAAGGCGGCCGUGGACGGCGACAGAGGAAAAGUUUUGCAGAAAUCCCGAGACCUCAAGUUCCUGACGGGCUUUGAAACCAAGGUGUUUGAAGACGCUCACGUGGACGCCAUCAUGAUCCUGGGAGAGGCGUUCGCCUCCGACGGGCCGUUCAACUUCGGCACCCAGAACACGACGAGCCGCGUCCACAACCUGAUCCCGGUGAUGCUGAAGCACCGGCUCGCCCCGCCGCCCGAGGAGACGUACUCGCUGCACCGCAAGAUGGCCGGCUCCUUCCUCAUCUGCGCCAAGCUGCAGGCGCUCAUCGAGUGCAAGAAGCUGUUCCAGCGGGAGUACGACGAGUACUGGGCACGGCGGGGAGCGGCAGCCCAGGGGGGGCAGGCGCAGCGUGAAGCGGUCUGACGUACGACCCCCGGGGGGAGGGGUCGCGGAGUAACCUGCGCGGGGCGGCCCGCCAGAUAUCACCGGGGCAUCUGGGUAAAGUCGCCCGUCUUCACGGACCGGGAUUCGGAGGACGGGGAGGAGAGACGGUGAAAGAUUGAGAGCAGAUAUGGAGGGAUGGGGAGGAAUCAGAGAGGAGAGAAACCCAAAAACCACCAUUCCUGCAGAAAAAAAACCAGAAGCGAGCCGCGGGAUUUAUUAACUUCAGGAU